AUGUCCGCUAAAGGCACGAAGCGGCGCUCCGCCAGGCAGGUGGCGGAGCGCAAACAAUCUCGAUCGAUCUACUACGAACCGUCCAGCGACGAAGACGAAGUCGCAAGCGACGAUGGCGACCACGCAGCAGAGCUAGAAGAGCCUGCGCCGAAGCGAAGGAAGACCAGACCGACCAGACCGACCACUCGAGCCGCCGCGCAAAACAAGCGUGAGACGCACAAACCUCGAAGGACGAAGAACAAAGUGCAGGACAGGAAGAAGCAGUCAUCAAGCAGGAAGUUGGGCGCGCCACUGAAGCCGAAGAUCAAGAAGGAGCCAAAGUAUACUGGGCCGAGCGACAACAGAAUACCCGACUGGACAAGCCUUCCGAUCGACAUCCUGCGAGAUGUCUUCACAUUCGCUUUAAACUCAACUCACGACCAGACGACGAGUACCAGCGCAGAUGUUUCCUGGCUCAUGCAGGCAGCGCGAACAUGUCGCGCCUUCUCUGUGCCAGCGCUCGAAGCCUACUACCAGGCGCCGAAGCUGCGUACGACCUAUCAACCCCACUACCUGCUCGAGCUGCUUCAGAUGCCCCAGGAAAAGACGUACGUCAACUAUGCCGUGAAGGUCAAGAGCUUGGAGAUACCUGUCAAUCAGAUCGCAUACUCGGCUGCGGGCAAGGAACGGCUCAACCUGAGUUCACUGGUGACGCACCCGCAGGACUCCCCACCUUAUCGCCUACACAAGGCACAGCGAUGGGAGUAUCCGAAAGACAUGUUUCAGGCACUUGAUGAAAGUGGUGUGAGGCUGAAAAGCUGGAGGUGGACAUCUUCUAUGAUACCAGCGGCGGAGGUAUUGGACGCCAACCGGUACAUAGGCAAAGUGUACUCGAGGAAGGCGUUCGAAUACGUGGAAAACUUAGCGCUGUGUGGCUUCCAGGACUACGAUGAUAAGGUCUCUGAUGUCCCUGAUGGCCGACCAAUACCGCAGGCGGACGAAGAGAAAAAGACUCCGGGACUUGCAACUGCCUUGUCACUGCUACCACAUCUAAAGGCACUUACGUUUGUGUCCUGUGACUGCAUCAUGAACGAUUUCCUGGAACACCUUCCACAUGGCAUUGAGAGACUGCAUUUUAACAACUGUCUCGAGUUGACAAGUACCAUGCUGAAGGACUACUUCAAGGUGUCUGGCUCACAGCUGCGCGAGCUUGUCAUCAAUCAUUGCGCUUCAGUGGAUCUGACAUUCCUUCCGCCCCUCAAGGCGCUCUGCCCCAAACUGGAAGUGCUCAAGAUGGAUCUGACCUACUACUCUGAGCGCACCAACUACAAUGACGCAUGGGCCAUGUACGACCACCUUUUGAGCGACGAUGACGUACCCACUUGGCCUUCGACUCUGCGCCAUCUCGAGCUUGUCAACCUCAAGAAGUGGGAAGCGGAAGCAGCACAGAACCUCUUCCGCUCCCUGGUAGAAGGCGCGAAAGACUUACCAGCCUUGCGAUACCUCGUCCUCCACGCUCACAUCAGCAUCCCGUGGCGGGAUCGAGCACAAUUCAGGGACCAGUGGAUCGACAGGCUCAACACUGUCUACCUCCGCCGAAGCGAAGAGCCAAACCAGUUUUUGGGAUCGCUGAGGCAGUACAAACUCUACAAAGAUGCUGUGGCGGACGGUCGUGCUGUGGCGAGCCCUAUUGAUUUGGACACUGACGGCGAGUCAACCACGAGUCGCCGGCUCUCUCACGUCCGCAUCACACCGCGCAAAGCCCUAGCAGACCCGGAGACCUUUGAACAAACCAGCCCAACAGCGGAGAGACCACAACGGACAGCCCGGCGCAGCGCUCGCGUAGCCACCCGCGCAGAGAGUCUAAACGCUUCUACGGCCGGCGACGAUGACGAGUCGUCGUCAGAGGCCGACAACGAGUCCGACGACUGGAGCAAGCAGCCCGAAGUCUUCAUCCAAGGCCUCUGCAACGUCGUCGACAUCCGCAUCGACAACCAACGACCAGCCGAGAACCAAUUCACCGAGGCCAACUUCCUUGACAGCGAGCUGAGCGGAGACGAAGACUGGCAUUCCGGGGCGGAAGACGAGGACGAGGGCUAUGCUUGGUGA